AAUACCUGAGAGUACCUGAGUGUGUUUGUGUACAUAAGUGAAUGUGUGAGUGUUCAUAUUCUUGUUGAUUUGUUGAGUAGGAUGGUUGUCCUCACCUACUGGCUACUCCUCGUCUUGAUCUCAUUAUUCUUGGAGGUGUCCACAGGAGAAGGCCAGGGUGUGUGGCUGGACGGCUUCCAGCCGCCGGAGCUUGACGGAGCCCCAGUCCCGCCUUGCUUUAUCAUCACCAUAGCACCACCUCCACUUCCCACCACCAGUGCCCAGCAACCAGCAACUACCGCCACCCCACCAAAACCACCAACACCGCCAAUCCAGCCACAGACACAGGCACGCCUCCCGAACCCCACCCUCAAACAAUCCCAAGGCAACGCCCAGCUGAAGAGGGACCAAUUGCUUUCUCUGCUGGUCCUCCUCUUGACCAAUCAGAGAGGGGGAACUCCUGCUGCUGCUCGCAGGCCGGUUCCGAGAACGGGAGUCGUGGCGACGAGGCGAAACCGUGGUAAUGCUGGCGCUGUGUUGCCAUGGUGGGCGGUCCCGACUCAGACACGGGAUGGGACGAGGGUGGGGUCCGUGCUUGGAUUACCAUGGGGACCCGCCCCCAGGAGAGGAUCAGACUCUUCCUCAUCAGAGGAGUUAAGGAAGUAGA